GCCUCCUUGAAACCCUGAAGCACUCUGGACCAUAAGCAGACUUGAUUGAGUAGACUUGAUUAAGCAGACUUUGAACAUAGGCUGUGGUGUGGCCAAACAUCUCUGGUAGUAUGGCUCUGGUAUGUAGCUAAAUACUAGUAACACUGAGCUUCUAGCAUACAUACAGAUUUAGUGCGUACAAUUGCUUCCCCAGCUACCCAGCUGUUGUUCUUCCAAGAUGCAUCAGACAACAUAUCUCCUGUUCACCAUCCAGCUGUUGUUCAUCAUCUUAAGCAUCACUUCAUUUUCGCAAGUGAUGCAUGCACUAGCACUCCAACCCCAGCUUUCGCAUGCUCAUGGUCAUGGUAACGGCUGCAUCCCAGCCGAGAGGGCUGCCUUGCUCGCCUUUCAUAAGGGCAUCACAAGUGACAACGCCGGGAUCCUCGCCUCAUGGCACGGACAGGAUUGCUGCCGGUGGAAGGGCGUCAGCUGCAGCAACCGAACAGGUCAUGUCAUCAAGCUUCACCUUCGCAAUACAAGCCCGGACCUUGACACCUAUGGGUGUGGUGAUGAUCAUCAUUCAUUGGCCGACACAAUUGUGGAAACUGAUACAUAUCAUGCGUGCAGUGAUGCAAAGUCAUUGUUCGGCGAGAUAAGUCCCUCUUUGCUUUCCUUGAAUCAUCUAGAGCACAUGGAUCUUAGCAUGAACUGCUUGCUAGGGACGAAUAGCCGUAUUCCUCGAUUCUUGAGCUCUAUGAAGAACUUGAGGUAUCUUAACCUAUGCGGCAUGUCAUUUACUGGUAGAGUUCCUUCUCAACUUGGUAAUCUGUCUAAGUUGCAGCAUCUUGACCUUGGUCAGGGUUAUAGCGGGAUGUACUCAACGGACAUCACCUGGUUAACUAAGCUCCCAUUGCUGCAGUACCUUAGGAUGAGCACAAUAAAUCUCUCAAGGGUGGAUGACUGGCCUGGUACGUUGAAUAUGAUUCCAUCUCUAAGGGCUGUCAGUCUUGUUGAAUGUUCACUUGAUACUGCAAGCCAAUCGCUUCACUACCUGAACCUCACAAAACUUGAGAAGCUUGAUCUGUCCGAGAAUAAUUUAGGCCACUCAAUUGCAUCAAGUUGGUUUUGGAAUGUGACGAGCCUCAAAUACCUCAGUCUUCGUCUUAACUUCCGUGCGAAUUGGUUGUUCGGCAAACUUCCCGAUGCACUAGGAAACAUGACGUCACUCAAGGUUCUUGAUGUGUCAGCUACCAAUCUGAACAAGACUGGAAACUUUAAAAAUCUUUGCUCUUUGGAAAUCCUCGAUCUCUCUAAAAAUAAUAUGAUUGGAGAUAUAGUGGUCUUGAUGAAGGGAUUGCCGCGAUGCGCACGGGGGAAAUUGAUAGAGCUGAAUUUGCAUGGAAACGAAUUCACCGGGGCCCUGCCAAAUUUUAUAGGGGAAUUCAGGAGCUUGAGCAUGCUUGACCUGUCAUGCAACAACCUUGUUGGACCUAUACCGCCAGGGUUUAGGAAUUUGGCGCGUUUAACCAUCCUUGAUCUCGACUGGAAUCUACUCAAUGGAAAUAUUCCAACUGAAAUUGGCGACCUUACUGCGCUGACUUAUUUGGACAUAAGCCGCAACAACCUGACUGGAAUUAUACCGUCCGAGCUUGGAAAAUUGAAGCGUUUGAUUUACCUUAAUCUUGCAGAGAACAAAAUUACUGGACCUAUACCACCAGAGGUUAUGCAUUCAACUAGCUUAAUCUUACUAGCCCUCUCCAGUAAUCACCUCAAUGGAAGUGUAACCACUGCAUUGGGUUCUUUGGAGGAUCUUGUUGAUCUGAAUCUAAGCAACAACGACCUUAGUGGUUGGAUCAUGGAAGAACACUUUGCAAAUCUAAAAAGUUUGAAGUACAUAGACUUGUCAUCCAAUAAUUUGAAGAUUGUACUGGAUUCAGAUUGGCGUUCUCCCUUUAGGCUUCAGUCUGCAGAUUUUGCAUCAUGCCAGAUGGGUCCUCUCUUUCCAGCUUGGCUUCAGCAGCUGCGGGAAAUUGAUUCACUUGUCAUUUCAAGCACCGGUUUAGAGGACAAGUUUCCUGACUGGUUUUGGUAUACAUUUUCACAUGCAACACAUCUGAACAUAUCCAACAAUCAGAUAAGGGGUAGCUUGCCGGCACAUCUGGAUGGCAUGGCUUUGGAAGAACUCUACCUAAGUUCAAACCAGCUCACCGGCUCAAUACCUUCGUUGCUGACAAAUAUCACUAUAUUAGACAUCUCCAACAAUAACUUUUCAGGAGUAAUACCAUCAAAUUUUGAAGCCUCGCAACUUCAAAUAUUGCUUGUCUAUUCAAAUCGAAUUGGUGGGUACAUUCCAAAAUCUGUUUGCAAACUGCAACAGUUAGUGUAUCUGGAUUUGUCGAACAAUUUUUUAGAGGGUCAAAUUCCACAAUGUUUUGGCAUUCAACAAAUGCAAUUUUUUCUGCUCGGUAACAACAGUUUAUCAGGAAAAUUCCCAUCAUUUUUGCAGAAUAACGCAAACAUGAAGUUCUUGGAUCUUGCAUGGAACAAGUUAUCUGGAAGAUUGCCUACAUGGAUAGGAGAUCUAAGUCAAUUACAUUUUGUACUACUGAGCCACAAUGCAUUUUCUGAUAAUAUUCCUGUAGAGAUGACAUGGCUUACGAAUCUAAAAUACUUGGAUCUAUCAUGCAACAAUAUCUCCGGUGCAAUACCUUGGCAUCUAUCGAACCUAACACUUAUGACAAAAGAACAAAUGGAAGGCAUGCCUAUGUCUGAUCUGCGAAUUGGACGCUUGCUCGGGACGGGAACUGAAUACCUUGGACAAAUAUUGUCAGUAGUUACAAAAGGACAACAACUUAUGUAUGGUAGAACACUUGAAUAUUUUGUGAGCAUUGAUUUAUCAGGUAACUCAUUGACUGGCGAAAUCCCUACAGAGAUCACUUCUCUUGCUGCAUUGAUGAAUUUGAAUUUAUCAUCAAACAAAUUGAGUGGAAAAAUCCCAAACAUAAUUGGGGCCAUGCAGUCACUGGUAUCUCUUGACCUCUCUGGGAACAAGCUCUCUGGUGGAAUUCCGUCAAGCUUGUCAAAUCUGACAUCUCUGGAGGCCUUGAACCUGUCCUACAACAAUUUAUCUGGAAGGAUACCCUCUGGCCGCCAACUUGACACCCUCAAUUUGGACAACCCUUCACUUAUGUACAUCGGCAACAGUGAACUCUGUGGCCCUCCUCUCCAAAAUAAUUGUCCAGGAAAUGAUUCUUUCAUCAUCCAUGGUGAUCUCGGAAGCAGCAAGCAAGAAUUUGAGCCACUGACCUUUUAUUUCGGUCUGGUGUUGGGAUUUGUGGCGGGGCUCUGGAUGGUGUUUUGUGCACUGUUGUUCAAGAGGAAAUGGAGAAUUCCUUACUUUCGGCUCUUUGACAAGGCGUACGAUCAAGUCUAUGUAUUUGUAGUUGUGAAGUGGGCAAGGUUCGCAAAGAACACAGCUGCAGAAUAAGCAUUGUUGUUCUGAAGGAGCCAGUGUGUGUGCUCUGGACUGUUAACCUGGGUGAGGAAGAUCUUAAGCAGCAUCUCGUGUGCCUUGUUUAUAUACCUCUAAAUAAAGAUGAAGAUGUUUAGUUCUUCUGAUACAUAUAUGGCGUAAUUAUUGUGGUAUAUGCAAGACUUUUGUGUUGUUAGAUUAUCCUGAUACAUGUAAGAUUUUACAAUUCUUUACUAGUAUUCUUCUGGACUGUAAUCAUAGAUGUCUUUUGCUGAAUACUAUGAACUUCUUUCUGCGAUCACGAUGAGUUAAUUAGUUUCUUUGUUGUUGCA